GCAUAAUAAAUUUAAUGUCUAGAAGAAGUGUUAGAUUUUUUUUAAUAAUGCAAAUUAAUGUACCGAGAUUUAUUAUUGCCUGAUGGUAUAUUCAAUCUACGAUCUGGAACGUUAAAUUAAAUCGUAAUGAUUUGUCAUUCGGUCUAUUUGUGUUAAGUGAAGACCUAGUUUAGUUAAUUUACGUUGUAGUGGUUGUGGUAUAACUAAUAAGUUGAUGGGAUUAAAUAUGACUUCAAAAUUUAUCGUUUUUCUUGUGGUACUGGGUUUCAGUAUUAAUUCCAUUUCAACUUAUGGGAAUUUCAAUCCAAAAAGAAAGCCGAAAAUAAUGGGAGACUCGAUACCAUUGAAAAUGCUCGAUCCCAGGAGAGUUAAAUUACAAAAGAAAAUUGUUUUAUAUCAUAAUUUCUUUAGAUCCAAGGUUGACCCGCCACCAGCCAAUAUGUUAAGAAUGAAAUAUCAUCACGGUGCCGCAAAAUCUGCUCAGAGAUGGGCAAAUGCCUGUAAAUUUUUAAUUCACGAUAACGUAGUAGGAAGAUCCAUACAAAAUUAUGGAUCAUGUGGACAAAAUAUUUUCGUAGCUACACAGAAAGUUCCAUGGUUAUUUGCUAUCGACACGUGGUGGUCGGAAAAAGAUCUAUUUAAAUAUGGCAAACGAAACAACCUUACCACCAUAGGACAUUACACUCAAUUGGUUUGGGCUAAUACCCACGAAGUCGGUUGCGGUGUUGCAAAAUGUGUCGUUAAACCCGAUAAAACACCUUUCAAUGCGAAUACUUUUUACAAUUACGUAUGUAACUAUUGUCCCAUUGGAAACUUUCCUGGUAGACUUGGUCGACCGUACAUCAAAGGAACUCCUUGCAGUUUAUGUAAAAAACGGUGUCAAAAAAAGCUUUGUAAAAGUACUUGCAAUGCCGCUGAUCAAUUUACCGACUGCAAGAAGCUGUAUAAAGCAUUUCCUACAUGGUUAUGUAAUACCUAUAAUACAACCGAAGGAUUGGAAAGAAGAAAAGGCUGUUUAGCUACUUGUACUUGUAGACGUAAUAUAAAUCAUUGAAGAAGC